GCAGACACGGAGGACGUCCUCGCAGGCCGCCAUAUCGCCGGUGUUGUAAGGUUGAUUACAAGAUAGAGAAAUGCUUACAGCAAGAAUUGCUGCAACGCUAGUCCGGCAAUUGCCGCGACAUGCUACAAAGAAAUGGCAGGGCGCAAUGGCAGCUGGAUUGGUGGCCCACAGAAACUUUACCACAUCAAAAAGAUAUUCAGCAAAAAUUGGCUCUGCGGAAGUUUCAACGAUUCUUGAGGAGAGGAUUAUGGGUAAGGGAACACAGGCCAACCUAGAGGAGACGGGACGAGUGCUGUCCAUCGGUGACGGUAUCGCUCGUGUCUAUGGACUCAUGAACAUCCAGGCUGAGGAGAUGGUGGAGUUUUCCUGUGGGCUAAAGGGCAUGGCGUUGAACUUGGAGCCUGACAACGUCGGUGUGGUAGUGUUCGGUAACGACAAGCUUAUCAAGGAGGGAGAUAUUGUCAAGAGAACCGGUGCCAUCGUGGACGUGCCCGUCGGAGAGGAACUGCUGGGACGUGUAGUCGAUGCUCUGGGUCAGCCUAUUGACGGAAUGGGGCCUCUGAUUGGAAAGGAUCGCAGAAGGGUUGGCCUGAAGGCACCUGGCAUCAUUCCGCGCCAAUCUGUGAAGGAGCCCAUGUUGACGGGAAUCAAGGCUGUCGACAGUCUUGUGCCCAUCGGCCGUGGCCAGAGAGAGUUGAUCAUCGGUGACAGACAGACUGGUAAAACUGCCAUUGUUGACGCGAUCAUCAACCAGAAGUCGUUCAAUACUGGCGCAGAUGAGAAGAAGAAGCUCUACUGUAUCUAUGUCGCCAUUGGUCAGAAGAGAAGUACCGGUCAGCUGGUCAAGAGGUUGAGCAAUGCUGAUGCCAUGAAGUACACCAUCGUCGUCUCGGCCACCGCGUCCGAUGCCGCCCCGCUGCAGUACCGCCCAUACUCCGGUUGCUCAAUGGGAGAGUACUUCAGAGACAAUGGCAAACAUGGACUCAUCAUCUACGACGAUCUGAUUUCGAAGCAGGCUGUGGCCUAUCGCCAGAUGUCGCUACUGCUGCGUCGCCCACCCGGUCGUGAGGCAUACCCCGGUGAUGUGUUCUACCUCCACUCUAGACUGCUGGAGAGAGCUGCCAAGAUGAGCGAGGCAUACGGUGGUGGCUCCCUGACAGCCCUGCCUGUUAUUGAGACACAGGCCGGUGACGUGUCGGCUUACAUCCCCACCAACGUGAUCUCCAUCACUGACGGCCAGAUCUUCUUGGAGACGGAGUUGUUCUACAAGGGUAUCCGUCCCGCCAUCAACGUCGGUCUGUCUGUGAGCCGUGUCGGAUCUGCUGCCCAGACCAAAUCAAUGAAGCAGGUGGCAGGGUCCAUGAAGCUCGAGCUGGCCCAGUACCGUGAGGUAGCCGCGUUCGCUCAGUUUGGCUCCGACCUUGACGCCGCCACACAGGCGCUGCUGACCAGAGGCGUGCGAUUGACCGAGCUGCUGAAGCAGGGACAAUACAUGCCGAUGCCCGUGGAGCAGCAGGUGGCUGUGAUCUAUGCCGGCGUGCGAGGCAUGCUGGACAAGCUAGACCCCGCCCUCGUCACUAGCUUCGAGCGCGAGUUUGUGAAGCACAUCAAGGCGACGCAGCAGGAACUUCUCGCAGUCAUCGCCAAGGAGGGCAAGCUCUCCCCCGAGUCGGACAAGAAGCUGAAGGAACUCGUCGCGAAAUUCCUAGAAACGCACGAGUUCUAAGACCAUAGCUGUGUUUAUUAUUUAAUCAAUAAAUUGUUACCGCACACGCUGUGUGCCGAAGGUCUCGUCAGGGGGCGCCGUGUCAAGCCGAAAACGAUCAUUUUAGUGCUUCAGAGUUAUUCUAAUCACUUACUAAAAUGUAGGCACCAGGUAGAGGAGUACGAGACCACUCCGUCUGUAUGUACAAUUAGUAAAUGCCAUUGGGGGGGUGUAUGUGUACAUUGUUGAAAGUUUCCUAAUGGAAUAAAGGUAAUUCUCAUUGA